CGAGCGGGUUGCGCAUUGGGGUCUUCUCUCCCCCCCCCCCUUGCCGGGUUCUGCAGUCUGCAGGGGGCGCCUCGCUGCUGGCGUCGCGGAAGCCCUCGGCGGCCCUUCUGUUCGGUGCCUGCCGGCGGGUGCGUGGAGUGAGGAGGGGAGGCGAAGCGGCGAGGCGAGGCGGGUCUUUCCUGCCAGAGGCGGUUGCUGCCGCAGAGGGGCGGCCUCGCCUCCUUGGGCUGGGUCUUGUUGCCUCUUCCCAGCCAUCGGCCCCGCUGGAGUCGAGGACGAGAAGGCGGACUCUGGAGCAUCCUCGGGAAGAAGGAGCUGGAGGGGGCUUUGUUCUGCAGGGCUUGGCGUUCCUGCCAUGGCAACGAUUGUGGCCGAGAAGCUCAGCCAUCUGUUCAUCAAUGUACAGCACCUCUGGAAGGUCCCUCGACUCCUGGAGAAUGCCAUUCCUUCCCCGUCCUGCACCGUGGGGGUGUCAGACGUGCCCCGGCUUUUCCGGAAGCCGUACAUCCACACUGGCUACCGCCCUCUCAACCGGACCUGGAGGUACUACUUCCUGUCUCUUUUCCAGCAGCACAACGAGGUGGUCAAUGUCUGGACACACCUGGUGGCCGCCGUGAUCCUGCUGGUGAGGUUCUGGCGGCUCUCCCAGACGGUGGAUUUCUUCAGCGACCUACACACACAGCCCCUCUUCGUCAUCGCCGUGUCCUCUGUUGUCUACUCAACAUUCAGCACUCUGGCGCAUCUCUUGCAAGCCAAAUCAGAAUUCUGGCACUAUGCCUUCUUCUUCCUGGACUAUGUGGGUGUCGCCACUUAUCAGUAUAGCAGUGCCUUAGUACAUUUCUACUAUGCCAUUGAGCCCGAAUGGCAUGCCCGGGUUGUGAGCUUCUACAUGCCAGGAGCGAUUUUGCUAGCUUGGCUUUCUUGUGCUGGCUCCUGCUAUGCCAAAUACAGGUGUCCCCAGCUCUCCUCUCUGCAGGGCCGGCUGUGCCAGGAAAUGCCCUCAGCCGUGGCGUAUGCUUUGGACAUCAGCCCGGUGGUUUACCGCAUUUAUGCCUCCUCUGGGCUUGCAGACCCUGCAGUUUUGUACCACAAGUGCCACGUGCUCUUUUUUCUUAUCGGGGCCUUUUUUUUCACCUAUCCGUACCCUGAGAAAUGGUUUCCUGGCAAGUGCCAUUUUGUUGGACAAGGGCAUCAAAUCUUUCAUGUCUUCCUGCUACUCUGCACUCUGACCCAGGUGGAGGCGGUGCUUCUGGAUUAUGAGAUGAGGAGAUCCAUUUAUACCAGGCUGCAUGGCAACCUGGCUCCUGUUUUCUCCGCCCUGUGCCUUUUCGUGGUGGCAUCCUGCAGUUUCACAGCCCUCUACAUGAUUACCAAAGUGAAACGCAAACUGGAUCACAAAGACGAAUAAAAAAAAAUAACAAUGCAGGGAGUUACCUGCCAGUUUCCUUGUUGUAUCACCUUGGGCACAACAUCCACACGGCUGUAAUUUGAGGAUUGGAUAUUUUCCCUGGGAUGGCUUUGCCUUUUGGUGGGUCUUCCCCUGCCCGCAAAAGAUCGGCCCGUUCUCUGCAGGGGCAUGUUGAUACCUCAGUUUCAUGAUUCUUACUGGAAUGUGAGUAACAGGAAGGCAGGCUGGGGACGGUGCUGGGACAGAGGGGCUGCGGCCAGAGUGCUCUUGCGUCUGGGCUGCUGGCCCCUUCCUGCUGCAAAGGGGCAUUGCUUCCAAGAGGCUGAUCUGUUCCCAGGGAGAGCACACUGUCCACGUAACUUCCACGGUCCUUCACCCAUUUUCCCUCUGUUCUCCUACGUGGUGAAAGAGCAGAGAUUCAUACCAGCUAUGGUGCCUUGACCGUUGUCUUCAAGGCAGGAGUGUCCCAAUGUUUCUAUUUUCCUCCCACGAUGGGGACUGUUUUCGCACUUCCUGUUGUGUGUUGCAAUGGGUAACCCGCAGUUGAGGACCUUGCCACGUGGGCGUGCCUUAAACAGAAGAUCUCUACGGCCAUUUGGAUGGGAUGAAGCUGCCACUAGCCCAUAAUAUUUUUA